AAUAACGAUAGGCCUAGAGAUAUCUGCUCAAGGCAAGUGUAUAACGUACACUAAUGUUUUUAAACAAAAGAUAUUUUGCAAUAAAAUUGAUUUAGAAUUUUUACUUACAAAAGUAUCGUGAAACAAGACUUGCGUUUCAAUUUAAUUCCAGAGUCUAGGAAAAGUAUUCUCUCCCCCAACAUUUAGCAAUCUCUAUAAAGUAGAAGAAGAGGGUGUGGUCGACCAGUCUCUCUCUCUCUCUCUCUCUCUCUCUCUCUCUCUCUCUCUCUCUCUCUCUCUCAGUCACGUAAUCUCUCGGAGAAGUCACAGAAAGUUAGACAUCACACAUGGGAGAAAGGCGAAAGCACGACAUUACGUCAUAGUGUUCAGACUUAUCGUUCGUGCGUGAUUGUGAAGUGUUGUACUGCAUUGUGUAAAUACACUUAUACGCAUAUAACACAUGCGGACACACACACAUACACAAUCAGCUACCGUGUCAUUUACACGCCUAUUUUUAUAGUCUAGACUCAUCCAUCCAUUGAGCCGUUCCGUAAAAGGAGGAAUUAUAACAAAACAUCGCUGGACAACGUCUUUGUGGCUCUUUGAGCCUGAGGUCUUCCUGGCUUCCAUCAGAAACAUGAAACCGUCAUCGCCAACAACAAUUUCAAUAAUUUUCUUAGGCCUAUGCGCAGUCCUCACGUAUGCGCAGAUUCGCUUCAAGGGAAGAUGCCCGAAGUUACCCGUCAUCAAAGAUUUUGCCUUUGAUCGAUACCUAGGCCGAUGGUUCGACCAGGAGAAAUACUUCGUGGCUUACCAGACCGUAGGCCGAUGCUGGAGCGGGACUUACAUCAAGAAUAAGAACUCGGGAAAAAUCUCCGGUAAAAAAGAGCUCGACUUCAGGGAUGUUGUGCUUAACAGACCGAACGUCAUCACGGUGGACGUGUUCAGGAAGAGGCCUUACGAGGAGCCCAGCAGACUGACGUACACGAUCCCGAACGUCCCUUUGUUCGAGGACAACUACGAAGUCUUGGCCACCGACUACAAGAGCUGGACUAUCGAGUACGCCUGCGUCGAGAAGGGCCUCCUAGGACACACUAGAAUCGCUUGGAUCCUCACCAGGUCACCCCACCCGCCCUACGAGGUCAUCCGCGAAGCUAAGGCCGCCCUGGUCCACCUGGGUAUCGACCUGGAGUACCUGGAGAAGUCCGAUACCUCCUGCUACAAGAAUUACCUGGGGUAGGACUUAGAAGGACGAAGAAAGAGUAUAUGAAUGGAAGAGAGAUACUACGCUAUAAGUCUAUGAAUGGAUGCGUAAAAGGGCCAGUUUAAGAACGAAUGAGAGUUUACGAGAAUUUGCCCGUAUAGAGUAAAGAUAUUCUUUAAGAGUGUGUUUAAAUGCUAUUGAAUGUUUUAAUUGUAUUUAAUGGCGUUACUAUAAAGAUGUGUUCGAUAGAAUGAAUUCCUGACAUGAUGUUAUAUACAGGUUUAUUGUGGAUGUUAUGAUUCACUUAUUUAAA